AUGGCUGCUAUGGCGGAAGGUGGCGCGGUAGUGCGCCAGGGCCACCUUCGUAAACUGAAGACCAUGAAGAAGAAGUAUUUCGUGCUACGCGCGGAGACGUCGGAAAGUUCAGCGCGACUUGAAUAUUAUGAAUCAGAGAAGAAAUUUCGUUCAGGGGCAGCACCACGCCGUGUGCUGCCAUUGAAGAGUUGUUAUAAUAUAACCAGGAGGUUGGACUUAAAACAAAAACAUGUGAUAGCAUUGUUUACCAAGGAAGAACAACUGUGUAUAGUGGCUGAAAAUGAGCAAGACCUGCAUGCUUGGCUCACAGCUAUUCUCAAACAGUUCCGCUCAGAAGAUGCAAGUGAAGAAUUACUUCAUCCCAUACAACACGUGUGGCAAGUGAACGUACAGAAGAAAGGCUUGGGUGUGUCCAAGAACAUCCAAGGUCUGUACAACCUGUGCCUCACCGACAAAACCCUCACCCUUGUCAAGAUUAAGAGUCACAACAACGUGAUCAGCGAUCUCGUCAUACCGGAGCGUGUUGAAUAUUCCCUCAAGAAUAUAAGACGAUGUGGCGAUUCAGAAUGUUUUUUCUACAUGGAAGUCGGUCGGCAAACCGCCACCGGAGCCGGCGAGCUGUGGAUGCACUCAGACGACUCUAACAUCGCUCAAAGCAUGCACUCCACUAUUUACCACGCAAUGAAAAACUGUGCGAAGGAGAAUGAAAACGAAAAGGAUCACGUAGUGUUACCCGCGAAGGGCUCAUUGAUAGAGGGCUCGAAUUCGCUGCCAACUCGGCCGCGGACGUACUCGGAUGUUAGAGCGAAGUCAGGCAUAUAUAAUGCCGAAAACCAACCGCCGAAUAACACACUAACGCCCGAAAAACCCGAUCCCGUGCGGAUCAUUAAACACCACCGGACAGUGUCCUUACCCACCGGCUGUUCGAUAUUCCAAGAACCCCUCAAAAUAGUCCAUGAGAGGACCCGAUCGGCCCCUCUCACCGGGGACGAGCUAGAUCGCGCCAUAUUAGAGAAGGCCGUAAUGCAUUCCUCAUGUAAAGCAGUCAAUGGGACGGACAUGUUCUCUACAAAGAAGACGCCGUGGUGCAGAAGAGCAAGCACCGGUACAAGGUUGUCGAAACUCUCGCCGGCGCAUACCAAGAAUUCGAAUGUGAUGCGCAAACGGUGCGACACGAUGCCGUCGCGCGCGACCUCGUCCUUCGAGCCGGAGAGGCCGCCGCCGCGCGAUAUUGACCUAGAUGGUAUGGACUCGUCGCGCGACGACAUCGACUCGAUAUCGGAGUGGUACCGCACGCCGCGCAUCCCCGAGGAGCCCGACUGCUGCGACCUCAUGUCCAAGGAUUUCAUGAGGUACAUGACGACGCGCGGCAGCUCGCACGCGCACUCGCGCACGUCGUCGCUGUGCGCGGAGGCGGAGGGCGCGGGGGGCGGCGACGGCGACGGGUACCUGCCCAUGGCGCCGGCGCACGAGCCGCUCGGCCUCGUGUCCUCCAGCGGCUCCGUCUGCAGCGGCACGCCCUCCACCGACCCCAGGUUCAGCGAGUACCAGCUGGAGCCGGCGACGUCGCACAUAUCGUCGGAGCGGUCGACGCGCGCCUACAGCGUGGGCUCGAGGCCGUCGUCGCGGCCCGAGCCGGCGCGCCUGCGGGCCUACAGCGCGGGCGCGCGCCGCUGCCCCGCGCCGCCGCCCGCGCCCGCUACGCCCACCCCCGCCGCCAGCGCCAGCGCCGCCGCCGCCGCCGCCGCCGGUGACUGGAUGGAGCUAGACUUCUCCUCCAACUCCCCCGCACCUAAGGUGAUCGUAGCGCGCACUCCCCCCGUUGCCGGUUUCCUCGAAAGACGCAACAUCGACGAGUACGUGGACAUGUCGCCGCGCAACGCCGGCUACGUGGAGAUGAGACCCGGGGACCUCCCUCCCACUCCCUCCUCCACCCCAGACGGCUACGUCGAAAUGACCUACGGCCGCGCCCCCACCCGCCCCAUAGCCAUCUCCACCCCUCGGCAACCACCCCCCAUAGCAUCCUCCCCGGAUGAAAGGAAAAGGAGACGCGAACCCCGAACUCCUCUCGGCUCGCAAACCCUAUUCCACAUGUCCAUGGAAUCCCCCUCCUCCCCUCCCGAGUCAGACAUAACCGAACUAGAAGAUGACCAUCAUUACCUAACGACAGUGAGGGAGCUGUCAGAAGAUGGCCGUAAAAGUCCUGAGUUAAGGUCCGAUAUGUGUACUGAAGUGUCGUCCUCGCCCCAGUACGUACAGUUAGUGGGAGGUAUCAACAUCGCGGGGAAAUCCUCCGAUACCGAGGAGAUACCGAAUAAUCCCACUGCGACCAAAACUAUCAUUAGACCGGAUGAUGUUAGAGAGGGCGUGGGCGUGGGCGCGCUGCACUACGCGGCGCUGGACCUGGAGCCGCGGCGCGGCGUGGCGGCGCCGGCGCAGCGCCUCUACACGCAGAUAGACUUCGUGCGUAGCGAGAACGCAAUACAUCAAAGUAUCUACGCCUCGGGGACGCCCCGCCUCGUCGCGUCUCGUCUCGCCUCGCGUCUCGCCGCACCGCAGUGUCUCGCCGAGACGCGCCUCCCCGUAGCGUGCGUUGUUCGAUGGAAGUGGAACAUUUCUAUACAUAUUGUUCGGUUAAGGCUUGUUGUCCAUUCAAUG